ACUGGUUCGAAUCCGACCAAAUCGUCUUCUACAUAGAAGAGGCGCAUUUUAGCAUGUUUUACUGAACAGAACAAAGCGCACGUUAGCACCAAACACUAUACGAUUCAAAAAUCCACUCUCGUCACAAUCAUUCAUCUCUGUUCAGAAUCAGAAUCCAGAACCAUUCUCCUCUUCGCUACACGAUAUGGCCAAUACUUUACGUUUGUACUUAACUUGUAUAAGGAAUACUCUUGAAGCUGCAAUGUGUCUUCAGAACUUUCCUUGUCAAGAAGUUGAAAGACAUAACAAGCCUGAGGUUGAGCUUAAGACUAGCUCAGAACUUCUACUGAAUCCAGUUUUGAUUUGUAGAAAUGAGGCUGAGAAAUGCUUAAUCGAAACAUCUAUUAAUUCAUUGCGUAUAAGCCUCAAGGUAAAGCAGGCGGAUGAACUCGAAAACAUACUAACUAAAAAAUUUCUUAGAUUUUUGUCAAUGAGAGCAGAAGCAUUUCAGGUGCUUAGAAGAAAACCAGUACAGGGUUAUGAUAUUAGCUUCCUUAUAACAAAUUACCACUGUGAGGAUAUGCAGAAGAACAAGCUCAUUGAUUUUAUAGUACAAUUCAUGGAGGAUAUUGAUAAAGAGAUUAGUGAACUGAAGAUGUCAGUCAACACUAGAGGGAGGCUAGUGGCCACAGAGUUCUUGAAGCAAUUUAUCUAAAAAACAUUGUUUGUUGUAUAAGCUUAUAUAAGAAAGGCUUUGUGAUUAUGUUAAACCAUUCUUAAUCAUAUUUUUCACUAUUAGGGUGAGUUUGGUUGUAAUGUAAUGGAAUGAAAGUAAAUUAAUUUUUAUUUUGUUUUAUUGUUUGGUUGUAUUUAAAAAUAUUAAAAUGCUAUUAAUGGAAUAAAUUUUCCACUAUUUGAGUGAAA